GUUGCUUCCGCCUCCCCGUGGUGGCCGCUUGUUGUUGUGGAGGCUAAAAUGGCGGCUCAGGCGGCUGCCGCGGCCCAAGCGGCUGCGGCGCAGGCAGCGCAGGCCGAGGCGGCCGAGUCGUGGUAUCUGGCUCUUCUGGGCUUCGCCGAGCAUUUCCGCACUUCCAGUCCGCCCAAGAUCCGCCUGUGUGUACACUGCUUGCAGGCCGUGUUCCCUUUCAAGCCUCCGCAGCGCAUCGAGGCCCGCACGCACCUGCAGUUGGGCUCUGUACUCUACCACCACACCAAGAACAGUGAGCAGGCACGCAGCCACCUGGAGAAGGCGUGGUUAAUAUCACAGCAAAUCCCACAGUUUGAAGAUGUUAAAUUUGAAGCAGCAAGUUUGUUAUCUGAAUUAUAUUGUCAAGAGAAUUCUGUUGAUGCAGCAAAGCCAUUGCUGCGGAAAGCGAUCCAGAUCUCUCAGCAGACCCCAUACUGGCACUGCCGUCUGCUCUUCCAGCUUGCACAACUGCACACGCUUGAGAAAGACCUGGUGUCAGCCUGUGACCUCCUGGGCGUGGGGGCAGAGUAUGCCCGGGUGGUGGGAUCUGAGUACACACGGGCGCUGUUCCUCCUCAGCAAGGGGAUGGGUAGAGUCCUCUCCCAGGAAGGUGGGUACUCCCAGGACAAAAGGACAGAAGGGUGGCUGAGUUGGAGCUGGCCUAUUCCUGAGGGGAGCCUAUCUGCUGGUGGGAGCUUCAGGGUGGCCACCUGCCCCCUGCAGGUGAAGAGUGUGAAGCCCUGCCUGAAGCAGCUGCAGCAGUGCAUCCAGACCAUCUCCACGCUGCAUGAUGAUGAGAUCCUGCCCAGCAACCCUGCUGACCUCUUCCAUUGGCUGCCCAAGGAGCACAUGUGUGUGCUUGUCUACCUGGUGACUGUGAUGCACUCCAUGCAGGCUGGCUACCUGGAAAAGGCACAGAAGUACACUGACAAGGCCCUCAUGCAGCUGGAGAAGCUCAAGAUGCUCGACUGCAGCCCCAUUCUGUCCUCCUUCCAAGUGAUCCUUCUAGAGCACAUCAUCAUGUGCCGGCUCGUCACAGGGCACAAGGCCACAGCACUGCAAGAGAUCUCCCAGGUCUGCCAACUGUGCCAGCAGUCUCCCCGGCUCUUCUCCAACCACGCAGCACAGCUGCACACACUGCUGGGCCUGUAUUGUGUCUCUGUCAACUGUAUGGACAACGCAGAAGCCCAGUUCACCACAGCCCUGCGGCUCACCAACCACCAGGAACUAUGGGCCUUCAUCGUGACCAACCUGGCGAGUGUGUAUAUACGGGAAGGAAAUAGACACCAAGAGGUACUGUAUAGUUUGUUGGAGAGGAUAAACCCAGACCACAGCUUCCCUGUCAGCUCACACUGCCUCCGAGCAGCAGCUUUCUACGUUCGAGGGCUCUUCUCCUUCUUCCAGGGACGCUACAAUGAAGCCAAACGAUUUCUACGAGAAACUCUGAAGAUGUCCAAUGCGGAGGACCUGAACCGGCUCACAGCUUGCUCCCUCGUUCUCCUGGGCCACAUCUUCUAUGUGCUAGGGAACCACAGGGAGAGUAACAACAUGGUGGUGCCUGCCAUGCAACUGGCCAGCAAGAUUCCAGACAUGUCAGUGCAGCUGUGGUCAUCAGCUCUGCUGAGAGACCUGAAUAAGGCCUGUGGAAACGCCAUGGAUGCCCACGAAGCUGCCCAGAUGCACCAGAACUUCUCGCAGCAGCUGCUCCAAGACCACAUCGAGGCCUGCAGCCUUCCCGAACACAACCUCAUCACGUGGACAGACGGCCCACCCCCAGUGCAGUUUCAAGCUCAGAAUGGACCAAACACCAGCCUUGCCAGUCUCCUAUAAGGCUCAAGGGCUACCCAGCACCUCAAGGCCCUACGUGUCUCCAACUUCUACCCAGAUGACACCUGAGCCUUGAGCUUUCCCCAGAAGUGUGCUUCCUUCCCACCUGUCUCUAGAACUUCCGAGUCCUAGGGAGUGUGUGAACCGAGUUCCUGCCCUCCAAAGAGGGUACAGCUGGCCAUUCCCACCUUGUGCCAAGACCCCUGGUGCAGAGACCUACAGGUGGAACAUUGGAGCUGACUCUCCAGAGCCAUCCUUUGAAGUGGACUUCACCUGUCAGUCCACUUCCAUGUCUGAGUCACACCUGCCAGGGCGCUUGUCCAGGGUAUAGGCCCUGAUCCUGUGUGCCAGGUGGGCCAUACCUCAAGUCCAUCAUUCCCUGACCCUCCAUCACCUGGGCCUUGAUGCAAGGCAAGGGCCAGCAUGUUUCCUCUGCUCAAAGCAGUUUCCAGAGUAUAAAGAAACACCAGUUUCUGGCCCAAAUUAGAAAAAAGAAGUGAUGGCCCACAUGUGGGACAAAGCUGACAUCCCAACACUUUUCCCAGCUUGCCUUUCUCUCCAGUACCAGAACUUCUGGUCAGGGGCCCUUGGGGAUAGAUACCGGUAUGGGGGGAUGUGGGUUUCAUAGAGCUGGGAGCUGAGACCAAUUGUUUCUGCCAGCCACCUUCCCCCAUCAUGUGGCUGCUGAGGGCAGGCAGCAGUAAGAGAAGGACAUCUUACCCAAGUUUAAGAUCAUCUCCUCACUUGGGUAUAGGGCAUCAGGCUUCCCUCAGACCUAGAGCAAAGGGGCCUUUUUCCUGGUAGCUCUGGGCAGCAUCUCAUGCACCUGGUCUCCGACUUUCCUCUCAGAAGAGAGGAAGACACCUCCCUACCUCUCCUGCCAGGACUCUGGGUGGACAGUGUUGAAACCUAUUUCCUUAAGCCAGGCCCCGGGGAGCCUCUGCUGGGCCCAUACAGCAGUGCUUGGUUUUAUGCUCUUGGAUAAUCAGAGGUGACAGUGAUGUUGGGAAUGGUGGCAGCUAGUAUCAGCGAUCAAGACAUCACCUUCUCCAGCUUCUGGAGCCUGGGAAUAUCUCCAUACUGCAGGGGGGUGAUGGGGGGUCUCUUUAGGCAAGGUAGAUGGUUGUCUCAUGCCUUGUUACCCUGGCACUGUAAAGGCUACUUCUCAGAGUGUUGGUGCCUGUCACUGAAGGAUGUUAGGUUUGCUCAGGGCUCUGAAGCCUGGGCAUGCUUUUGCCACAAGCAGGCCACCAACAGGCCCCAUUCUCACUGAGCCACUGCCUGUCAUGUAGGUCACCAAGGAGAGCCAGCCCCCACCCUAUGCUGCCCUGAGGCCCUGUCCCCUCAGCCAACGCUCCCAGACCCUUGAGGGCAAUAGAAGAGUGUGUGGCCCUGAAUGACAAGCUGUCCCCAUAAGGUCUUCCUCCUGAGCCAUGUCCUUUGCUUGCUCCACUUCAAAGGAGCCCCCAGGUCCUCCCCUCCACCACUGAGAUGGCACCCCUGUAUCUCUACAAUCUACUCCUGCCAGCUUGCACCCCACAGUGUCCAACCUCUCCAGACCCAUAUUCACUCAAUCACAUUGUACAUCAUGUUUGUCUCUGCCUAUUUAUUGAAGCUUUUCUUUGCUUUAUCUAAGGCAUUUUAUAUGUAGAGCAAUUGGAAAAAGAACCUCAGAACUUAACAUUUGUCUCGAUAUUGAAGUGGUUAUUUUGACCACCUUGUUAUCUAUGUAUAUGUAAAGUUAAGGAUGAGAUCUUCAAGUUUACAAUUAAAAACUCAGUACUCAA